GACUUUUGUCAGCGUCAUGGGCCCCUUUGCUGGAUGCACCCCGAAUGGCGCACGGCGCAUCUCUCGGUGGUAGUGGUACUACUGCUCCUCGUCUCAUUGUUUCCUCCCACCCCAAUUUCCCUUAAAAGCUCUGCUCUUCCCCCGCUCACACGGCAGAGGUCUCGAUCUUCUGCUCUCUUACUCCAGUAGACUCCCUCAUUGGCGUGCCCAUUCACCUUCACCCAAUCACUCAAUCCACCAACCUUUGCAAUGUCUGACGCUCAACCAACCGCGGCUGCCACUACUGGUGCCACCAACGGUGCUACCAACGGCGCUGUUAGAAGCAAUGUCAACUACCGUCCUGACUAUGCCACCAUGGAGAAGGGCGAGUAUGCCUACGCUGACGGAGGUGCCCUCCAGGUCGGCCGCUGGCAGCCAUUCGAGCACCGCAAGCUCGCCAACCCUGCUCCUCUCGGUCUCUCGGCCUUCGCCUUGACCACCUUUGUCUUGUCCGCCAUUAACAUGCACGCCCGCAACCAGUCUGCCCCCAACAUCAUGAUCUCCCUCGCCUUUGGCUACGGUGGUCUUGUCCAGCUCCUCGCUGGUAUGUGGGAGAUGGCUACCGGCAACACCUUUGGUGCUACCGCUCUCUCGUCCUACGGUGGUUUCUGGAUCUCCUACGCUCUGAUCCUCGUCCCCGACUUCGGCCUCCUCUCCAAGACUGGUCCCUACGCCGGCAAGCCCAACAACGUCCUCGGCUUCUUCCUCAGCGGCUGGUUCAUCUUCACCUUCCUCCUGCUCAUGUGCACUCUCCGCUCCACCGUCAUGUUCUUCCUCCUCUUCUUCACCUUGGAUCUGGCUUUCCUCUUCCUCGCCACCUCUGAGUUUGCCGCCGACAUGGGUAACGCCGACGCUUCCCUGGCUCUCCAGAAGACCGGAGGUUUCUUUGGCUUCCUCGCUGCUUUCCUCGCCUGGUACCUCGCUCUCGUUGGUAUCCAAGACAGCAGCAACUCCUUCUUCACCCUUCCUGUCUUCCACUUCCCCUGGUCUGACCACGCUCAGGCUCAGAAGGGCAAGGCUCCUGAGCACACCGUCUAAGCGUCUUGCGACAGUGACGAUGGUGACGGUGACACGAAAAAUGUCAUAGAUGCGGAUAUACCCUAAUGCUACUAAUUGUGUAUGUUGAUACGACUGCGUCUGGCGCUUUGCUAGGGCGCAGUUGUUUUGUUUUGGGUGUUUUGACUUCUCUUUUUUGAUACCAAUCCCGAGUCUAGUCUCUCUAUAUCAAGAGACGGCGUGUGAAAUACUGGGAUAGUUGCUUUUUAGGGGAGUUAGUAUUUAUACCAGAGCGGGCGUUAGUCCGCCCUACCUCGCUAUAUUAAUGAAUAUGACGUAUUUGUCUG